AUGAUUGGUAUUCUGGCCCCGCCCACCGCGGGCUGGGACACGCCCCCUGCCCCUUCCCCCAAUAAACACCAGUUUACCCCCUCCCCAUGUAUUCCUCCCCCUAACUUUGUGUUGUUUCCCCCUCCCCUGCCCCCAGCAGCCUUAUUUUGGGGAGGGGUCUCCCCGCUCGCCCCCCCCGCCGGGGAGCGCCUGCUGGGGGCGCUGCUGGCUCGGUACCGGACGGAGGUCCGCCCGGGGGGGGGUCCUGGGGGGGGUCCUGUGCUGGUGCGCUUGGGGCUGGAGCUGGCGCAGCUCGUGAGCCUGGAUGAGAAGAAUGAGGAAUUGGUCACCAAAGUCUACCUGAAUCUGAGCUGGCACGACCCAAGGCUGCGCUGGGACCCCCGGGCCGAGGGGGGGCUGCGAGAGCUGCGGGUGGGGGCAGAGAGGCUCUGGGUGCCUGACGUGGGGCUGGAGAACAACAACGACGGCGAAUUUGGGGUGUCCCUGGGGGUCCGAGCGGUGGUGACCUGGGAGGGCUCCGUGCGCUGGCGCCCCCCAGCGUUGUACCGGAGCCGCUGCCCCAUACGCGUCUCUCAUUUCCCCUUCGAUUGGCAAAACUGUUCCCUGGUUUUCCGCUCUGCCUCCUACGACCCUGAGGAGCUUCGGCUGCUGCCGCUGGGGGGGGGGCCCGGGGGGGGACCCCCAGGUGACCCUGACCCCUGGGGCAGCCCACGAGCGGGUGUGCCCCCCGCAGGCAGCGGGCAGUGGGAGCUGUGGCACCGCUCGGGGCGUGCCCAGCCCGGGCCGUGCCCGCGGGACCUCAGCUUCUUCUUGGUGCUGCGCCGCAAACCUCUCUUCUACCUGGCGAACGUCCUGGUGCCCUGCGUGCUCGUGCCCCUGCUGGCACUCGGCGUCUUCUACCUGCCCCCCGAGGCCGGGGAGAAGAUGUCGCUGGCGCUGUUCGCGCUGCUGACCCUCACCGUGUUCCUGCUGCUGCUGGCGGACAAGGUCCCUGCCACCUCCCUGGCAGUGCCACUCAUCGGCCGCUACCUGACUGGCACCCUGGUGCUGCUCACCCUCUGCGUGGUGCUCAGCGUGGGCGUCCUCAACCUGCACCACCGCUCCCCGGCCACGCACAGCCUGCCCCGCUGGGCGCAGGGGCUCUUCCUCCAGCGCCUCCCCCCGCUGCUGGGGCUGCGCCCCCCCCCGCCGCCCCCCGCCCUGCCCGCGCUGCCCGCGCUGGGGGCGCUCCCUGGGGCGCCCUCUCGUGGCGCGGAUGAGUAUUUCCUCCGGAGACCUCCGCACCCCUUCGGGAUGGGGGGGCCCAGGCUGCCUCCCCCCCCCACGCCUGGGGACCCCCUGGACCCCCACCCCCCCCCCGAGCUGCGCGAGGCGGCGGCCGCCGUUGAUGUCAUCGCCCGGGGGCUGCGCGAGCAAAGGAGGCGGCAGGAGGUGAGCGACCCCCCCCCGGACGGACCCCCCCGUGCGACCCCUCCCCACGCAGCCUCCCGUGCCCCUCGUGUCGGCCAGCCCCAGACGUGCCCCUGUGUGCCCCCUGCCCCCUUCGUGUGCCCCCCCCCGGUCCCCUCAUGCCCCUCGCGGGACCCUCUUGUGCCCCUCGUGGGACCCUCGUGUCGGCAAGCCCCAGACGUGCCCCUGUGUGCCCCCUUCUGUGCCCCCCUCAUGCCCCUCGUGGGACUCUCUUGUGCCUCUCCUGUGGUCAUUGUGCAGCCCUCGGGUGCCCACUGUGUGCCCCCUGCCCCCUUUGCGUGCCCCCUCGGUGCCCACGUGGGCCCCUCCUGCGCCCCGCCGGUGCCAGGCGCGGUGCCAGGCGCGGUGCCAGGCGCGGUGCCCCCCACGCAGGAGCAGCAGGGCUGGCAGUUGGUGGCGCUGGCCGUGGACAGGCUCUUCCUGGGCACCUUCCUGCUGCUGACCGGGGGCUGUGUGCUGGGCACCGGCCUGGACGCUGCCCUGCACCGCCCCCCCGCGACCCCCUUCCCCUGAGCCCCCCUCCGGAACCCCCAAACCCCUCCUGACCCCUUCCCCUGACCCCCCCGGCUCCCGGGACCCCCAAACCCCUCCUGACCCCCCCGACCCUGACCCCCCAAACCCCUCCUGUCCCCAGCCCCGACCCUGACUCCCCCCACCGGGACCCCCAAACCCCUCCUGACCCCUUCCCCUGACCCCCCCGGCUCCCGGGACCCCCAAACCCCUCCUGACCCCCCCGACCCUGACCCCCCAAACCCCUCCU